AUGACAGUGUUCACUAAAAUGAAAUCAUUGAAUUGGAUUCUUGAACCAGAGCCAUGUGAACCUGGUCCACCUGUACCUCUCAUUGAAGACCUGUUAACAUCACCAGAGUAUGUUCAUUCUGAUACCCCUAUGGUAUGGUUACAGCAUGCAUUAUCCCUGAAUCCAUUAAAAGAGCUGCAUUGGCAACGAAACAACCCAAUGUGGUCGAUUGUAAGGAAAUAUAGCAUAUCAGCUUCCAACUUUGGUGCAGUUCUCAGUUCUAAGCAAAGGCGAUUGACAUUGUCACUGAAGAAACAGCUGAUGUCGGCUUACAAUCUGGAGUCCAUCAAGGCUGUUGCAUGGGGUAUCACUCAUGAAGAUGAUGCUUUGAGAAAGUAUGAAAAGGACUUUGAUGCAGCUGUAGAGCAGUCAGGAUAUGGUUGCAUGAAUCCGGAGUGUUGGGAGCUUCACCUGAUGGCUUAGUUGUUCGACCACCAACAUGCAGUGUAUUUUAUCAAACCCCAGAAGCCAAAGACGCCAUUCCUGAUAUUGUAGAGGUGAAGUGUCCAUAUACAGCAUUGUCUUCAACAGUAGCAGAUGGGGCACAAAAUUUGAAGGAUUUUUCAUAGAUCUUAAACAAGAUACCCUGUGCCUGAAAACCAGUCACCCAUACUAUCAUCAAAUUCAAGGCCAGCUACACAUAUGUAACAAAACAUUCUGCGACUUAAUUGUGUGGACAAGAGUAGACUGCAUUGUGAUUAGAAUAGUAAAAGACAUUGAAUGGACAGCAAAUGUUCCAAAGCUGAUAGAUUUCUACAUUAACAUUUUCAUUCCAGCACUGAUGGAAAACUGAGUUCUGGUUUGAACUUCUUGACACUUAGUUUUGUACCUCUAGAAUUUUCUAACAAUGGAAAAUGGGUAAUCAUGUUAAAUGUGUUGAAUGUUCCUAAGUCUCAUAAAUGUAUGAUAUGAUAUGUCACAAUCCAUCAUAAAACUUCUGGCUUAUAAGACUAUUUUAAAUAGCAAUGAUGAUUAAUAAAAUCUAUGUACUACAUAAAAAAAGAAUAUCAAAAUUUAGAAUCAUUUUAUUAAUGAAUUGAAGAUGUUAUUCUCAAAGUGAAAAUGUAACAUUUUUGUCUUUCUUAAUAGAUAAAUUGUUGAAAACAUGAA